AUGGAGACCCAAAUUCAACAAUUGCUUCAGGCGAUAACCGCCAUGAUGACCACGAUGCAACAGCAGCAACAGCAAAUCGCAGCAAAUCAACAAACGAGCAGUACCAACGUCAACAUAAUUUCAACCUUCGAAGCAUUCGAUCCAAAAGUAGAACCAUUUAAAACAUAUAAAGAGCGCCUGGAAAACCAUUUCCAUAUUAGAAAAAUUGUUGGAGAUAAAGAUAUGUGUGCAAAAUUGCUUCUACAAUACAUUGGACCAGCGACGUAUUCACGUUUAGCAACUUUGGCAUCACCUAAAAACAUAAAUGUGCUGAAAUAUGAUGAAAUAAUAGCAUUACUGGAAAAACACUUCUGUCCAGCAAGGAACGUUUUGGUAGAGCAACACAAAUUUCUUUGUGAAAUUCAGAAUAGCGAGCAGUCUCUGACAGAUUUCGUAGUUACUCUACAGAAAAGAGCAAUGGAAUGUGAGUUUGUAUGCGAAUGUGGGAAGUCUAUCUCAGAUAUUUUUCAAAGAUCCCAACUAAUCAGAGGGAUACGCGAUGGGCAUAUUAGAGAACAGCUUCUACAAAACCCGAAGGCAACAUUCAAGCAAAUAGUUGAAAAAGCAACAACGUUGGAAGCCGCUAAAAUAAAUAAUAACGUGAUUGCAAACCAAACCGGCUCAACAAGUGAUGUGCAGCAAAUCCGUCAACAUGUUGGUAAGAAUAACUAUCGUAGCAAUAGAAAUCGUAAUCGAAGUUGGUCCCGAAAUAAAAACUCGAAGUCAUCAACAAGAGUUAACUACAGCGAAUUGGGGAUAGAAGGUUUGUGUCUAAGAUGCGGCCGUAGUAAUCACUUAUCGAAGGAAUGCAAUAUAGAUAAAAGCAAGUUAAAAUGUAAUUCAUAUGGCAAGACUGGUCACCUGCAGAAAGUAUGUAUUCAAGAUAAAAUGAAGCAAAAGAAAUCGAAAAAUGUAAACAAUAACGCAGCUACAUCAAAUGCAAUUGAAUCCUACACAACAGAAGAGGAAUAUUAUGGUGUAAAUCAAGUUAUCGAUAUUUAUGAGCAAAGUGCUGCAAAAAGUUCAUCUAUAGAUGCAGAAAAAUUUUAUACAGAUGUUUUAAUUAAUGGAAGAAAACAAAACUUCGAAGUUGACUCAGGUGCCGGCUACACGUUGCUGCCGGAAAAUCAAUUUAUGAAAUUAAAUAUCAAGACACCGCUAAGAAAAACAAAUAUUGCUUUCCGAGUCUAUACAGAUGAUCUUUUUGUGCCAAUUGGAGUCGUAACUGUGGACGUAAGUUACAAAAAUAGAAAAUCCAAAGAAGACUUGUAUAUUGUGUCAUCAAAACGUACCGCAUUAUUAGGUCGUGUAUGGAUACGUCAUUUAAAAAUUAAUCUACACGAAAUCGAUAAAGACAGUUCUAAAAAUGAUACUAGCAACAACAACAUAAAUUCUAUAUCGGAAAUCGAGCAGCAAUUUUCAGAAAUUUUCGAAGAAAGAGUCGGUAGCAUUCCGGACUUGGUCUGUAGUCUAAAAUUACGACAGGGAGCAAAACCCGUGUUCUUAAAAGAAAGGCAGGUUCCUUUUGCGCUACGCGAAAAAGUGGAACAUGAGCUUGAUAAUUUGGAGCGAGACGGUAUAAUUACAAAAGUUAAUACAAGCAAUUGGGGUUCACCAUUGGUGGUAAUACCAAAACCUGACGGUAACGUGCGACUAUGCGUGGACUACAAAGUAGCUGUUAAUCCUCAACUGGAAGCCGCACAUUAUCCAAUCAAAAGAGUCGACGAAAUUUUCAACACAUUAAAGAACUCAAAAUAUUUUUGUAAACUAGACUUAUACAAGGCGUAUCUUCACGUACGAGUGGAUGACGAUAGCAAAGAAGUGCAAACUAUUUCAACACACCGAGGUACGUACCAAAUGAAUCGUUUAUCUUUUGGAAUUAAAACUGCCCCAAGUGAGUUUAACCGUAUUCUAGACCAAAUAUUGCAAGGCCUCGAUGGUACAAUCGCAUAUUUCGACGACAUAAUUAUCCAUGGUGGUGAAAGAAUGUGA